AAAAAUUGGACUGGACAGACCGUACCGCCGGCGAGGGUUAGGAUAGGAGAAUGCGUCUUCUCCGCCUGCGGCGACAGGCGCACCCCCAGCUGCCGGCCAAGUCUCCCUCGCCCACCGUGGCCGACGCGAAGUAGACUCCUGGCGGCGGCGACAGCGAGGUCUCGAUCAGAUUGUCCUUGGUGUAUCAACCAUGCCACCAUGCCUGCUAGCAUCAACUAUCAGAAUUAAUUAUUGGCAAGGAUCCCAAGCUCUCUAGCAAUAAUAAUUAAUAAAAGUGGUGACUGGUGAGCACAUAUGUUGUGCAUAAAAAAUUUAUAAAUAAGCUGACUGGUGAGUAAAGACACUUCUCGUUGCCGUGCUUCAUUUGCACACUGAAACAUGACGGCCACGCCAAGUUUCCUAAAGUUCCUCAAGGGCUGGUGAGAGCAAUUAUUGGUUAGGUAAGAGAAGCAAUUAUUGCAAGAGCUUCGGGAUCUGAUUUGCAAGAUUAAUAACAGGUACACACAAGUACACAAAUAAGCAUAGAAACUUUAACAGACCUGAGCCUGGGAGUGCUUCUCAUCAGAAGUAUGGGAUCGGCGAACGGCAGCUCUUCUCAACAAAGCAGCAGCUUACCAUAGCAGGUAUGCAUAAGUUAUUUUCGUUAAUUAAUCUGCAUGUAUCAGCCUCCAUAGUUUGCUGACUGGUGAGUAGUACUUCCUCUGUAAACUAAUAUAAGAGCGUUUAGAUCACUAGUUGAGUGAUCUAAACGCUCUUAUAUUAGUUUACAGAGGGAGUACUAAAGAGCAAGGACACUUCUCGUUGCCGUGCUUCAUCUGCACACUGAAACAUGACGGCCACGCCAUGUUUCCCGAAGUUUCUCAAGGGCUGGUGAGAGCAAUUAUUGGUUUGGUACACAGAUACACAUCUUGUGAACAUAGAAACUUUAACAGACCUGAGCCUGGGAGUGCUUCUCAUCAGAAGUAUGGGACCGGCGAACGGCAGCUCUUCUCAACAAAGCAGCGGCUUACCAUAGCAGGCUGGGCCACAGAAAUUAUCUGAAGACACACAGGCUACCUGCUGUGCAACAUAUCUGUCUCAGCUCUGACUCGAGGAGCAAUGGCCGAGGUUGUGAUUCUCUCGGCAGUGGCAAAGAUCGGUGUAGCUCUGGGGAAUGAAGCAAUGAACCAGGCUACUUUACAGUUCAAUAACUUUAUAACACAGCUAACAGAGCUUCAAGGAAGCAUGGGUCGCAUCAGAAGGGAGCUCAGAUUGAUGCAUGAAUAUCUUUGCCGAAUGGACAUACGGAAUCGCAACAAUCAGACAUAUGAAAUCUGGGUGGAGGAGGUGAGAAUGUUUGUUCAUGGGAUUGAGGAUAUUGUGGAUGAGUAUUUGCAUCUUGUUGGUCAGAAACAUGACAGUGGAUGGAGUGCCUGUCUGAAGAAAGGAUUUAAACAACCAAAUGUUUUCUUCUCUUUAAACAGGAUAGCUUCUUUGGUUAAGGAAGCGGAGGUCAAUCUUGUGCACCUGUUCCAGGCUAAAGAUCGAUGGGUGUCAAUGGUAGAUAGUGGGUAUAUGAAUGACUCAAGUUACAUUGUUGAGAGGUCUCAGCAUCUAGCAAGCACUUCACGUUCCCUUGCCGAAGAAGAUCUCGUGGAGGUUGAUGGAAACAGAAAAAAGCUUGAGCAGUGGUUGGCAGGUGAUGAGUUGGAACGCUCUGUGAUAGUGCUGCAUGGUAUGGGAGGGCUUGGUAAAACAACUUUGGCUGCAAAUGUCUACAGGAAGGAAAGUGAAAAUUUUGAUUGCCACUGUUGGGUCUCUGUCUCUCAAACUUAUUCCAGAGAAGAUGUUUUGAAAAAAUUAAUCAAGGAGCUUUUCAAAGAUAAAGCCAUUGUUCCAUCUAAUAUUGAGACCAUGGACAUCAUAAGCCUUGAAGAGGCACUGAAGAAUUUUUUAGAGCAGCGCAAGUAUUUGAUCAUGCUGGAUGAUGUUUGGACUCCUGAAGCAUUCCAUGAUCUUUCUGGGGUGGUUAUUCGUAACAAGAAGGGCAGCAGAGUUGUAAUCACAACCAGGGAAGGCAAUGUUGCUGGACUUGCUUCUCAAGGACAGGUCUUAACACUAAAACCUCUAUCAAAGGAUGGAUCAUGGGAACUCUUCUGUAAGACAGUUUUUCCCAUAGAUACAAAAUGUGAGUGUCCCACAGAACUGACAGAAUUAGCACAUGAAGUGGUUGACAAGUGUAAAGGCAUACCCCUUGCAAUUGUCUCUAUUGGCAAGCUCCUCUUUGUACGUGACAAGACCAAAGAGGAACUGAAGCGAAUACAUGACCAGCUCGACUGGGAGCUAAUUAACAAUCCAAGCUUGGAACAUGUCAGGAAUAUCCUUUAUUUGAGUUACUUGUACCUUCCGACAUACUUGAAAAGUUGUUUUCUAUACUGCAGCUUGUUCCCAGAGGACUAUCUUUUCAAAAGGAAAAAGCUGAUACGGUUGUGGGUAGCAGAGGGCUUCGUCAUGGGAAGGGGUGAAAGCACAAUGGAGGAAGUGGCUGAAGGUUAUCUAGAAGAGUUGGUUCACAGAAAUAUGCUUCAAGUUGAUACAAGAAACCCAUUUGGUAGGAUAAAAUCAUUCCGGAUGCAUGAUAUUGUACGUGAGUUGGCAGUAGAUUUGUGUCGCCGGGAAUGCUUUGGUGUUGUUUAUGAGGAGGAUAAAUACAUGGAAUCUCUUGAUGAGUCGGAUGCACGUCGACUGGUAAUACACAAAAUGAGCAAGGAUAUUUAUCAGUCAGUAUCAGGUGUACACCGUCUCCGCUCUGUUAUCGCAUUGGACAUCAAUAUUCCAUCAUCCACUCUACUGCCUCUAAUAGCAAAGAGGUCCAGAUAUAUUUCGGUGCUGGAGUUAAGUGGCCUACCCAUUGAGAAGGUUCCAGAUGGUAUUGGAGAUCUUUUCAAUCUCCGCUAUUUGGGUCUGCGUGGUUCAAAAGUGAAGCUCCUUCCCAGGUCUAUCGAGAAACUUUCAAGUUUGUUGACACUGGACCUUUCAGGGUCUGGCAUGAAGGAGCUGCCUAGAGGCAUUGGUGAACUAAAAAAGCUUAGGCAGUUAUUCACUGACAAAGCUAGUGAUCGAUUUAGGAGAGAUUUCCGGUGCGGCGGUGGUGUAUGCAUCCCCAAGGGCCUUGAGAACCUGACAAGUCUGCAGACACUAGUAUCCUUGGAAGCGCAGGAUGAGUCGGUUAGACAGUUGGGGGAGCUGAGGCAACUGAGAAGCUUGGAGAUAUGGAAUGUGAAAGGAACCUACUGUGGACAUAUAUGUGCUGCUCUAGCCGAGAUGCGACAUCUUUCCUACCUACAUGUGAAUGCAAGCCAAGACAAUGAGGUUCUCCGGUUGAGUGGUCUACCCCCAAAUCUGCAAAGGCUUAGCUUGACUGGUCGAUUAGCGGAAGGCACAUUGGGAGAGUCCCCUCUCUUCCUAACUUCGGGGCGGAACCUGUAUUCACUGUCUCUAUCUUGGUCUCAGAUGAUAGAGGACCCCUUACCAUCCCUUUCUCGAUUGUCAAAUUUGAUGGACCUGAUGCUCACCAGAGCGUGCAGCGGAAAGCAGAUGACAUUUCUUGCCGGGUGGUUCCCCAAGCUAAAAACCCUGAGAUUGAGAGACCUGCCAAAUUUGGAGGUUCUAGAGAUGAAGGAAGGUGCCGUGGUGAGCCUCGAAAUAUUAACACUAGUCAACCUUGAAGGCAUGGUGGAGGUCCCACCUGGCAUAGAGUUCCUCGCGCAUGUAAAGUAUAUUUCGUUCCGGGAAAUCACCAGCGAGUUUUUGACUUCGCUGCGACAAUGUCCUAGAACUCAAGGGGUGCACUGGCGGCAUACUCUCAGGUGACAUUGACCCUGCUGGCCUCGAAAUGAGUAUGUAAGCCACUCAACUGCAGACUACUGUUCCACUACCAGUUUCCUCGUGUAACUUCACCUUCAUGUUUUUAUUGGUUUGCUUGUCGGAAGAAAGGAUACCCUACAAAUACUCCACUUUCCCUACUUGUAGUCACUACUACUGUUUUUGUGAUUGUGGAUCAUGGUAUUGUCUAUUUAUUCUGGUUUUGUCUGUGAGUUACAGUAUAUAUGUGCUCAUCCUGUUACCAAAGGAAGCUUGAGCAGUUGAGCUUGCUUCCUUUAACACUCUUUAUUUGUUUAUAGCUUACCUUGUUGCUAGUUAUUUUUA